GUGAUAGUCACUACAUUUCUCCAAACCCUUCACAAACCCUAAUGGAGCAAGCGCUGCCGGAGCUUCCGCCCGAGGUGAUCUCCGAGAUACUGUCUCGACUGCCGGUGAAACCACUCCUCCAAUUCAGGUGCGUAUCCAAACCAUGGUGUUCUCUAAUCGACAGCCCUACCUUCAUCAAAAUGCACCUUCACCGAUCCAUUCAAUCCCGAUCCAAUCUCUCCCUCAUUGUCACUAAGUUGAACUCGAACAUCCCAAACCUACUAUGCUCCGUACACUUCGAUAAGCUGGACAUAGAUUUUGAGCUCUAUCAACCACUCACGUUUGAGAAACGAUUGGAUCAAGUUUGGAAUUUCUGCAAUGGCUUGCUCUGUUUGUCUUUCAGAAACGUAGAAGUUGUUUUGUCGAACCCAUCAACUCGAAAGUAUUUGGAAUUACCUCUCUUGCCGAUCGAAAUCCCAGUGGCUUUCUGUCGUAUGUUUGUUGUUUUUUUUGGACUUGGGUACGAUUCAGUGAGUGAUGACUACAAGGUGAUGAGGAUUACCCAGUUUAAUGGUGCUGGUUUUGUGCAUUUUGAAUCUAAAGUUAGGGUUUAUAGUUUAAAAUCGGAUUAUUGGAGGAAAGUUGGUGAUUUUCCUCAUCACCUUAAACUUGAUCCAUGCACUGGUUUACUUGUUGGUGGGGCUUUGCAUUGGAGUGUGAAUCCGAAACCAAUGUUGGUUGAUGGACCUCGCGCUCUUAUUGCAUUCGAUCUUGGGUCGGAGGAAUACCGAAUGGUGCCUCUACCCGAGUGUGGGGCUGUCGAUUUUCAUUUGAAGUUUGCGGUCUUGGAUGGAUGCCUUUGUGUGCUUCACCAUUAUCAUAAGAAGGGUAUUGAUUUAUGGGUGAUGAAGGAGUAUGGGGUGAAGGAAUCUUGGACUAAAUUGAUCUACAUUGAGAACUCGAACGUAAUUAAUUGUUUUGCUAUUUAUUUGGAGCCCUUGGCAUAUUCAAAGAAUGGCAAGAAGGUUCUCUUCCAACAUAACUCUCAGAGAUUUCUUUGGUAUAACUUAGAAAGGAAGGCAGUUGAGAUGGUUGAGAUUUAUGGUAAGCCAGACGUUUUGGAAACAACUGUAUGCUUGGGUAGCCUUGUUCCACUUGAUGGUGGUCGUCUGGAUGAUAGCAAGGACCAAGCAACAAAAGACAAAAAGAAGAAAAAGGUCUUCAGAAGUUAUGAUUUCCUGUCAAAGAGGUUCAAGCUGCUGCUGCAAGCCACUGUUAGAAGGAGCAAGAAGGUGUUGAGGCUCGAUGCUGGAGCAAUGGGAGAGUAGUUCUGUGUUAGUUAAUAAGUAGUCAGAGAAAACAGAGAGAACAAGAAGGUGCUUCUUAUGAUGUCACGGCUAUAUUAGUUAUGUUUGACAACUUUGUGGGCUGUUCACUAGCAGCCUGUUGUUAUAUCUUCUUUUGUGACAUUUUAUCAUGUUAUGUAGAGAUUUAAAUAGAAGCUGAGGUGUAUGACAUUUGAAGAGAACAACAUUUGAAUGGCAAUAGAGAGUAACUGCACAAGCAUCACCAAGUAAAGAAAGAGCACCACAAUGCUGAAAAAUGGUUCGUAAAUCACCUAAUAACAACCAUUUUGCUUGUGUCUAUAUUGCCCUUAUCAUUUUGUAUAUUUUGUUUCCCACCAAAAGGUUCUUGUUUGCCUUCAUGAUCACCAAUGGUGUUGUUUUCUCAAAAUUGAUCAGUUUGUUCUACAUUUGAGUCCAAUAGGAAGGGAAUUUAAUUGUGACUCUGUUCGUUCAAUAAGAUGCAGUCAAUUUGUCCA